AUGGCCGCUCCAAACGCCGACAUGGCGCAAUUCUUCGAUUUUGGUGAAGCAGCUGUACCUGAUAUGCACCAAGAGCUUCGGCAAGAUGCCUCGGCGACGCAGUCAAGCGAGAGUGAAAUACUUGAUGCUCUUUUGGAACCAGCCAAGUUGCAGGCGGAAGACUAUGACUUCAACACAGACUUUUCUAGUUGGUUACCAGGUUACCAAAAGCCCGCCAACCCUUGCGACUACUGUCGUUCAAGAUCCCUCGAAUGCUUUAUCUAUAACGCCAAGGGCGAUGGCACAUCGGGCUGCUCUCCAUGCAACAAUCUCUUUCGACCAUGUAGCUUCUCAAACCCAGAGUUGAUGCCCUACCGAACGCAAAGGACUGCAGUGGACACGCUAGAUGUCGUGGGGGAGGAUGAUGUCCACCAAAUUGGUGGUCUCACUCGCAGAAAGCAGUUAAGGUCGAAAGGUCACGUUGGUCCUAUCGAUGACGAAAGUGGAGAUCUUGGUCCCAAGAAAGGUGCUGCUGCUGCUCGAUUCCCACGAGCGGCCGUCAAGAUCUUGAAGGAAUGGAUGAUGGAGCAUUGCGACCACCCCUACCCAACUGAAGAGGAGAAAGAGGCUCUAUGCCAACAGACUGAUCUUUCGCUGGGUCAGAUAUCUAAUUGGAUGGCCAACACACGGCGAAGACAGAAAGCGCGACCCAAACGCAGCUCUUCGCCCAGUAUUCGACCAUCGACAGAAGUUAUCAAUAUUCCAGCGGGUAGAACCUGGGAGUCUCUGAAUCCUUUCGAGCGAUGGAAGCACUCUCCUCCCGAAAACGAGCCUGCUCCGCUUACAGCUAUUGCCCAGGCCGUAGAAACCUUCGACCUUCCCGAGCAAUCAAGCGCCAGCAGCAGCUAUCAAAAUUUGCCCUCGCACGAGAGCACUGGUAGCUUUUCAAUCUUCAGGGCGCCUUCACUUUCGUCAUUGGAGACCGGAUUCACGAACAUGUCAUCUGGAUCUCUCGGCUCCCACAACACUGCUCUCUCUUAUGGCUCCAAACACUCUCUCGGGUCCAUGAACAGUCUCAAGUCGAAAGAGAGGCGCAGGCGGCGACGUGUUUCAACUCGAGCACCGAAGGCGGCUGUUGAGGACGUGCCUCGAUUGUUCCAAUGCACAUUCUGUACCGACCGCUUCAAGUCCAAGUACGACUGGUCAAGACACGAGAAGAGCCUUCACUUGUCGCUAGAGAAGUGGAUCUGCGCACCAUUGGGUGAGGUCGUUGCUGACACCACAACCGGCAAGAGCAAAUGCGUCUAUUGUGAUGCGCUAGAACCCAGUACGGAACAUCUCGCUACUCACAACCACUCUGCCUGUGAGGAGAAGGGAAUAGAGUCUCGAACUUUUUAUCGCAAAGAUCAUCUGCGGCAACAUCUGCGGUUGAUGCAUGGCUGCAAGAUGACUGCCAACAUGGAGUCAUGGAAGUCUCAAGCACAGUACAUCAGAUCGAGAUGCGGCUUCUGCAACAUGGAUUUCGAAAAGUGGCAAGAUCGGGUUGAUCAUCUGGCCAAAGAGUUUCGGAACGGUGCCGACAUGAGGAAGUGGAAGGGCUGUCGUGGCCUCGACGCUUUAGUGGCCAUGCAUGUGACAAAUGCCAUGCCGCCCUACCUGAUCGCAAACGAGACCAGAUCACCCUUCCCGUUUUCAGCAUCGAACGCGAAUAGUUGUAGUCGCAUGAAUUUAAUGCUUGGGAGCAAAGACCUUGAGUACCUCCUACCCACAACCAACCUUUCCGAUGCCUACCGAAGCAAUGGGCAGAAUGUGCACCCUAUUGUACUACAGAACACCACAGUCAAAGACUACUCCUCUGACUCGCUGGAGAACCAGCCCAGCGCAACUUGCUGGGAAAUCCUGACGCUGCGCCUAGGACAGUUUGCUCGCAAGCACGCUGAAGAGCAAGGUACUGGCACAGUCACGGACGAAAUGUUACAAGUAGAGGCUCGUAGAAUCUUGUACGGCGAGCCUGACGAUCCAUGGAACCAAACCGCAGCCGAUAACCCGGAGUGGCUCAGCCUCUUCAAGAAGGCGCACGGUAUCGGCGAUAACAUCCAAGUAUCAGGUAUCAAUGCACACCACGACGUCUACGAAGAUCUCGGUCUGAAUUCCACUGCGCAACUAGAUCCCAGCUUUAACCUUGCCAACUUCAACGUUCUAGACUUGCCCGCGACCGACCCCGAUCAACGACUGGCAUUUGAGUGCUCGUUGUCAGGCAUACUGUCUAUGUAUGGGCAGGCGCGCCAACUCUCUACUCAGUCACCAAGCGUGCCUGGCCUGACAGGAUCCACUUCCGCAUCACCGACCACAACGGCAUCACGUCGCGCGUCGACUAUGGCUAUGGCGCCUAUCACAGAGCAGAAUUGCAUCGACACCGAAUGUCUACACCUUGCCGAUGUGAGCAUGGCAUUGGACGACUUCCCCCUCCCCACCUGGGACCAGCUCCCAACGGAAUUCCAGAACCCAGCCACAAGUGCGGGCUUGGAGCCCUCGAUACCAAUCAGCUCUGCCAGUACGAGCGCCAUGGAUGUGAGUGCGCCGAGUAUGGCGUGGGACGAUAACGAGUUGGCUUUUGACAUGGACAUGGAUUUGUACUUUGCCACAGAGAUUGCUAACGCUGGGCUAGCGCCGCAGCAGUGA